GGUAUCACGUGCUGCCGCACACAAGAACACAGAAAGGAAGCACUCGAGGCAGCGCCGUAACCAUCGAGCCCUUCUUUCUCUUACGUUGCGGCAAUCGAGCCGGACCAGUGUACAGCACCCUUUUUUUUUUCAGAAGUCCGAGGAACAUUCAUAGAAGGUAAAGACAUUUUUUAUCGAUAGAAAGAGAGAGGGAAAGAUAUUGGCCAAGUGCAUGUCGUCUGCAUCCCGGCAUCACGACGACGGCGACGAGGCAGCGCCACCGCGGCGUCCAUGGCUGCCACGUCCGCCGGGGCUUUCGACCAGCACCAGCAGCACCUCCGCAGCAGCACCGUUAACGGACCUCCUUGAUACGAUGCCGAUGGGCGGGGUCGACACGUCCGCACCGCACCACCUCGACGGUGGACUGUGCGACACGCAGGAAACGCAGGAGCUGCUCGACAACUUCUUUGCGCUCUACGCGUCACCCGAUCAGGGCAGUGCGUCCGCGCCUUGCGCCGCCCGCCCGCAGCACCGACAGCGUCUGCCGCCCUUGGAUGCGGAAGGUGAAGUGGCGGAGGAACAAAGUCCACGCCGCGGUGACGAGGCAAAGAACACGCCCUCCGAACACGACGGUGAGGACGAGGACGAGGAGGGGCCGGUGGGGCGCACGGACGGCCACCACGCGCAGCAGUCGCAGUACGUCCCGGUCGAAGAGGAGGACGAGGAGGAGGACAGCAAUGACGUUGACAAGGAGGACACGGUGAUGCCGCCGUCACGUCCGUCGUUGGCCAACGGCUUGAGCGCCGCAGCGGAGCUCGACGGCGCCGCCAACUCACGAAGUCCUCCUCCGCCGACAUCAUCCACAACGCUGUCUGCCUCUUCUCUUGAACAGCAAUGCAAACCUGCUGAAAGUGUGUUCUGGCCUUUUGCUCACCCCCCGCCCUCCACCGCGCUGCCCCUGGACACCCAAACCCGCGCAGCCUUCCACACCAGGCGGUACGGCGCCUUCAUCAAGGCCUACCUCGGCCUGUCCGACGAGGAGGUGCGGCAGGCAGAGCGGCGCGGGCGUGGCAUCUGCAUGAUCGGUGUGCGCCGGGUGGCGCGGCACGGGAAGGCCAGUGCGGCAUCGCCCAUCAGCUAUUCUUUCGCCAGUCCCCGACUCAUGCCCACGUGCAACGGCGCUGCCGGCGACUUCCCGGCUCACCCGUUCCGCUGUGUGCGGCCCAGCAACGCCGACCCGGUGCGCACGCAGCGUGUCUUUCUUCGCCACUCCGUUCUGGCGGUGGAAGGCGAUGCAGUGUUCUGUCAGCUCAUCGACCGCGCCGAGACGCUUUACGCGGUGGAGCAGCAACGGAUGGAGGACGCGGCGGCCGCGGUGGCCGGUGCCGCCCUCCACCGCAAGGACGACGACAAAGACGACAGCGGCGAUUUCAGCACGGAGGGUGGCACCAACACAAAGGCCAAAAGCGAAGGACAGCCUGCCAAGGAUCUCCACGGCAGGCCAACGACCGCGCCGGGGAUGUAUCCGCAGUUUCGCCGGCUGCCGCGAGUCACGGAGCCCUACCUGCGUCCGAACGCGCGCUGCAUUGCGCUGCACUACGGGCUGCCCGACCACCACAACUCCCUCCCUUCCUCCUCAGCCAGCAACACGAACGCAGCGGCUUCACCGCGGCGGGGAGCUGAAGGGGCGGGGCAGACGGAGGCGUCGGCGACCACGUCUACUACUACUGCUACGACGACUGAUAGUUCAGAGGAAACGUGUUUCCCCCGUGCGACUCUCAUCGCGGUGGUCAGCACCACCCGCCUCGAGGAGAACGGGGAGAUCUACAUCUCCAUGGACUCCUACUACCGCUGCCUAGACGAGAUUGAAUGGUACCGACGCUGCUACCGCCACUUGAAUGAACGCUACGGAUGCAGGGCGUCUCUGGAGCUGUCACGGUGCAACACACCUACCUCCUGCUGCCCCACAACGGCCCCGAGUACGGAGCUGCACGUCGCAAAUUCAAGCCACAGUGCUCACACCUCCACAGCGGGCACGGGCGACGUGUACACGGGUGUGAAGCACUUUCCUGCCUGGCCGGCCGAGCUCGCGUUCUACCACGGCGUAGGCAAGCGUCACGCCAGCCGCGUCGCGGAAGGUGCGUUUCCCUUCACCCUGGUCGAACUCGGUGCCGCGCCGGAGCUGGGGGACGGCCAGAAAGGCGUGGUGGCCUCGUCGUGGAUUCCGUAUGGGACGUGUCUGCUGUACUGCGGACCCGCCGUCGCCACGCGCAAGGUAGAGAAAGUGGUGACGUCGCGCGUGUUCCACGGCAGCGCCGCGUCACCCAACCCGGCAAGAGCUGCAGGCGACGGCGGCGGUGUCAAGGCGGUGGUCGGUGCUGCCGCGGCUGAGGGGCUCGACGAGGACGCAGAGGAGGACCUGUCCUUUGUGACGGACGACACGUACGCGCUGGGCCUCGGCAGACACGGCGUGUGCUUCGGCCAGGGUCUCACCCGCUACAUCAACCACCGCUACAACACCUCGCGGUUUGGCAAUGUCGAGCUCUGCUCCGUCAUGCUGUCGGUGCCCAGCGAAUUCAGCACGGAGGGAGGCGGUGGCAGCGGUGCUCAGAAAAGUCCCCCGUCGGACGGCGCCGCCAUCCUCCCCUCUGAUCCGACCCUGACGGAGGAGGAGAACACUCGACUUCGAUUCACGGUGCGGAAGCAGCACGGGCGCAACAGCGGUGGUGGAAACGCGCGCUCGGCGGAUGUCUCCGCGACAGCAGCAGCCGCAGCUGCACCGCCCCGCGGUAAACGCAAGCAGGCCCCGCUCCGCCGUGCGCAGCGCUUCUUUCUGGAAGAGAAGAGCUUCUUCGUGACGGUGCCGUUUUUUCUGGUGACGACGGACAUCCCGCCCGGGGCGUCGCUGCUGGCGUGGACCUACGGCGAGGACUACGACGCGAAGUUGGAGCGACAGGCCGUGGCGGAGGGCCACAUCGUCCCCUACGCCGACGCCGCCGUCCUAAACCGCCGUCUCACGACGCCGUCGCCUGGUCGAAGCCUGCAGCGCUACGGCGGCGAUUACCGCUUUGCCGUGGGAGCGGGGGACGUCGUGUGGCGUCGACGCCCGCUGCUGCCGUCGUCAUCGUCGUCUGUUCUGUCCUCUGCCUUCUGCGCCGGCGGUGCGGCGUGGCUGGUCCCGCCGCCGGAGGACGACUUAUUUGUCAUUGUGCAGACACAGCGUGGCAGCGUUGAGCAGGUGCUGCUGCAGCCCCUCGUCCGUGUCGAGCUGACCGAUGCAGCGCUGGACGGCCUGUUGCGGGAGCAGCACCUGCUCGACUACGUCUCCCCGCACGUCUCCUCCAGCGCGGCGGACGGGAGGCGUCAGCCGCAUCGAGAGGCCGGAAGAGGCGGACCGCGAGGAAGGGCGGCGGCGGGAGGGAGAAAAGGCUAUCGGCGCGUCGCACCGGCCUGGUCGCAGCACUGGGCGGUUUUCGAGUUGCCCGACAGCGCCAUCGCGGGUACGUCGGCGACGCUGUCGCUGGCACGCGCCGAGGACGCGCUGCGGCGGUGCUGCGUGGCCACCGUGGAGAGCGUGGGGCUGCUGCAGCCGGAUAUCGACUACAGCGUGGUGCAUUCGAAGCGGCCGGAGAGCGGCGGGAGCGGCGGGCGGGGGCGUCCGGGCCAGAAGGGCGGCGGACGGCGAGCGCGUUUGGUGUUGGACACGCCGCGUCAAAUUGUCGUCAACUUAGACGAUUUACACCACGCGACCCACCUCGUGCGAGCGUCGGCGGAGAGGGCAACGGCGGUGCCGGUGCUGCUGAACGGACUUUUGUGGCCGCUGUUCAGCGCCCACGUGGAGCGCAGCAGCGGCAGCGGUGGCGGCGGCGGGCCCGUUGGCUCGAACGGAGGGGGUGGUACGAUUCCUGUAAGGUGA